AUUAUACACAACACUGUGGACGGAAAUUCCAUUUCAAUUAUGGAAUAGAUCUAUAUAAACUAGAUCAAGUUUGUUAAAAUUAAAAGGUAUAGGGCACUAAUCCGGAAUUUAAAAUAAUCUAGAGUAGAUGUCUUGAUAACAAUAUUCAACUAUCAUCUAAGACCAAUCUAGAUCUAUAAUUUAAAUAAUUAAUCUGACAAUGAAUCUUAUGACAGUCUGAGUUAGAGUAGGCCUACUAUUACUACUAUUAGUUACAGUGUACAAACACUCAUCCACACUGUCUGUCUUAUUUAUUUUAUAGUUCUAUUAUUUUGACACAAGACUAGCUAGUGACUGUCACUAUUACUAGAUCUCUAUAUUCUAUAUAAUUAAGAUAUAGAUAGAUUCUAUACAGAUACACGUAUCACUGACACUAUAGUCUAUAUAUUUAAAUAUAUAUAUAUAAUAUAUAUAGUCAUAGUAUAGAAUUCUUUGACUAUAAUUAGAUUUAGAAUUAGCAGAUCUAGAGUAGAAUAGUAUACUAUAGACUUGACUAUCCUGAGUAUCAAUUGAACUUUUUUUUCUGUGUUAAAAUGUUCAAAUGUGAUAAACCAAGAGUUAGAUCUGAAAGAUCUAGAUCUAACAUUAAUUUGAGUAGAUUUAUUUUUGGUAUUAUUCAAUUUGGAAUUAUAUCAUUUCAAUGUCAAUAUGUGUCAUCACAAAAUCUGUGCAAUGUCAAUGGACAAUAUGAAGAGUAUGACAGAUAUUUUAAAAUAUGUUGCAAAAAUAAAUUACAACAUCGACUGCAAGGGCAAGAAUGCUGUGGAACAAAAGAAUUCUAUUACAAGAAAGAUUCAAUAUGCUGUAACAAUAAAGUUUUGGAUCGGUUUGUUUGCCCACGGAAUCAUUCCGGUUGUUCAUCCCCUUGUUCACAGAAUGAUGUACUAUGCAAUGAGCAGUUGUGUUGUGGCAAAAAAAACAUCAUAAGAUCUGAAUCCUUGUGCUGCUUUGACAGAGAGAUAAAGCUUACAGAACAACAAAAGAAGGACUCUGACUUCAUCAGUUGUUGCAAUGAAACUCAUCUAUAUGAUCUACGAAGUCAGAUUUGCUGCAAUAAAAAAGUAUAUCGGCUAGAUGAAAAGAAACAGUUGCGCUGUUGUGGUGAUAAGACUUAUUUACCUGAAAAAAAUAAGUGUUUGAGAGUAUUGAAUACAUCUGGCAAGCCAGACUAUGUCAUUAGAGGUGUCUAUGAAGAUGUGUGUGGAGAUGAUCAAAUUUAUAACAAAAGAUAUAAUAAAUGCUGCAAUGGUAUCCUAUAUGCAGAACCUGAUAUAGAUCCAAGUAUGAUUUGGGAGCCUAAUCCAGAGUUUCGAUGCUGUGACCAUCUGUUAAUGAAUUCGAAAGAAAAGUGUUGCAGACAACACCUUUAUUAUCAUUUUCCAACACACACCAUCCCCAAUAAUGCUGACCUUGACUGUUGCGGAGAAGGUUUCUACAACAAAACCAUAGAACUUUGUAAGAAUGGAACAAAAAUAAAGAAACAGUUUGACAAAGAGCUGUGUGGGUAUGAGUACUAUGACCCUAGCAUUGAAGGUUGUUGUGAGUUUACAAUCUACUCAAAAGAUAAAUUCAAGUGUUGUAAAGGGGACAAAAAGACUGUUGUUAGUCUAGACAAGAAGUGCUGCAAUGGAGAAGGCAUUGAUGCCAGUUAUAUCUGUUGUGAUGACUUACUACCUGCCAAGAGAAAAGGAAUGGAUGAUGAGUGCUGUUACAAUGAAGAUAAAACAAUGGUGGAGGCUUACAGUCGGCAAAGUGGUCAGCGAUGUGUUAGUGGUUUUGUUGUAGAGGGGUACCCUGAGCAUACUGAGCCAUGUGGACACAAUCUUUUUUAUUACCCUAGCAAAGAAAUAUGCUGUAAUGACAAUGUCUAUGACAAUUCCUGGAAAUGUUGUGAUGGCCAUGCUUACAGCCUACAAAAACAAACAUGUUGCUUCAGUAAAUUAUACAGUUUACCAUCCAGUGAAAGCAGCUGUUGUAAUGUUGAUAGGAGAGCCUACAGAUCUAAUGACACAUCCAAUCCUUGUUUAUCACCAUGUGGUACAACAUUUUUUAACACAAACACUGAGGUUUGCUGUGAGGAUAAGGUCUACUCUGAAAAAAGAAAUUUUGAAUGUUGUGGAAAUCAUUACAUAAAUAGACAUAGAAACCUAUGUUGUAGAGACAAAUAUCCUUAUAAAAAUAGGGGCCACAUGGAAUGUUGUCGCCACAAAGUACUCCACAAUGCUAGAAAACCUUUUUGUCAUCAUAAAAAAACAACUGUUAUACCAUAUUAUACAAGCAAACUUUGCCAGCCCAAAAUUUUUCAAAGUUUUCAAAAGACAAAACACUUGGCUUGCAAUACCAAUUAUGGUCUGUCUGGAAUGCUAGAGCGUGUCAUUGUGGAGAGAACUUCUGUCCCCAAAACAGACAUGCUUAUCAUGAAUGUUACAGUUAACAGUUGGCUGAACUUUGGAAGUAGUAGUAGUAGGCCGUCAAAGAAAGAAAAACAUAUUCAGUUCCUUAUAUUUAAUAUCCACAUUCAGCGAUUAUUAAGUCACAAAUGUCCUAAAUAUUUGCAGACUAAAGGCAAAAUAAUGAUUUUCUUCAACAGUAAGCCUCUGGAAAAUACUGUCACUAUCACUCAUUGGUCAAAUGUUUUUCUAUCACAACAUACACCAAAAAAUGAAAAAGAAAUAUUAUCUUGUAAAGCAAAGUCCAGUGAUAAUUAACAGCACCUCUGUGAUAUGUUAAGUUUAUUUGUUUAAGGGCUGCACAAGGGAGCCUCUCAGAAAUAUUCAUAAUAAAGAAAAUGUAAAUGUCUCAAAGUAGUAUAAGCCUCAUCUCACCAUUCAAAUAGAAAAUUUUCACUUUGUACAGGUUUAAGAUUAUAAUGAGAUUAAUUUCACAUUGAUCAAGCUUUCAAACAAAAAUGUAAGUGAAAUUCCUUUUAUCAUUGUUGAACACAAUAAGAUUUUGUGAUGAGGACUUAAAGUAGGUAACAGUAAAUUUUGUGAUGAAGACUUAAAUUAGGUAACAGUGAAUUGUGUGAUGAAGACUGAAUGUAAGGUAACAGUGAAUUGUGUGAUAAAGACUUAAAGUAAUAGUGAAUUGUGUGGUGAAGUCUUAAAGUAUGGUAAUAGUGAAUUGUGUGAUGAAGACAUAAAAGUAAUGUAACUGAAUGGUGUGAUGAAGAAAGACUUAAAGUAAUGUAACAGUGAAUUGUGUAAUAAGGAAUGAAAUUUGUUUAUUUAUUUAUGAUGAAGACUUUGUAAGUUUAUUAUCAAUUUGAUUGAUAAGUGUAAAUCAUUUUGUACAAACGAUUGCAUCAGUGUCUGUAUGAAUGUUCUAAAGAGAAGAAUGUUCACAUCUAGAGGAAAUAUUACCCGAAUUCAGUAGUUCUAUUCAUAUGUAUAGGUGUGCUUCAUACUAUUGAUUUCAAGUUGUUAACUUUUGUUACUUAAUUUAUUUAUUUCAUGUGAAUUUUUAUAGCAGCAUUUUACAAAAAGAGUUAAGAUGAUCACCACAAAAACUUUAAAACUAUCAAUAUAAUAAAAAAAAUAAUUUCUUAAAUUAAUUUUUGUUUACCUCACUUCUGAUUGACCUAAUUUUUCGAAGCCAACUUUUAACAAUAUCAUUGAACUUACUAGGGAAGAUGGGAUGAAGAUUAAUUAUGUUUCCUGUUUGAAUGCUUAACAAGAAUUUAGAAAAUAAAAUACCAUGGUGUAAAAUAUAAACAAGGAUCGGGUUUGUAUUCUAAGCAUUAGAGACUAAUCCAUUCUUUGGUUCACAUCUCUUGUUUUAGUGUCUGCUGUUUGUUGUUCUGUGCUGCUCUAAACAAAAAGAUAAAGAUAAAAAUUACUUUUUACAAUGCGUCUAUUCAAGCCAAAACUUCAUGGAACCUUCAGGAACCUAGAUGCGUAAGACUUUGUAAAUCCCUAAAUUAUUGCAGUUUCAGCUAUUGUCUUUAUCAUUUUUUUAAAUUAAUGUAAAGAACUGCCCCCUCAAAAACACAUUUUCUAAACUCUCAUAUUUUUAAAAAGUUAAUUUCAAAAUUAUCUGGCUCUAUUUUUAUUUGAUAUUUUAUUAUAUAUUUCAAAUGCACAAGUAUGCAUUGCCCACUGGCAGAAUUGGUAACAUCGUUUGUUCAAGCAGCUGAGGGUGUAAAAAUCACGAGUUUUAUGGUUUGAACCAUUAUUUUAAAUUAUUAAUUUAAAAAAAAUAAAUUAUAUUUUAAGUUGUAUAAAAUUUAUUUUUUAAUGUUUUUUUUCAUUAUGUAUAUUGCAUUUUUACAUUCAUUCUAGCAUAAGAUAUUUUUUGUGACCAACCACUCAUGUAUUGUUAUUUAAUCAUGUGUGACUUUCAUCAGCUUUGAAUUUGGUGCUAUUAAUUGUAAUUAAAUUUAGGUAAUAAUGAAUUAAAAACUAAUUGGAUGGAUAUUUACAUUGUAUAUAAACAUAUAUUUGUUAUUUAGAUUUAUUGUCAUAAACACAUCUGAUCAACGACUGUUUGUAAAUCAAUAAAUUCUUGCAAUUUCA